UCUUGCCCUCGUCUCAAGAAAGGGGAAAAUAAUCAGAGGCCAUGAAGGAGAUGGAGAUGGAGACGGAGAAAGACAUGGAAGCACCUCUCGAUUUCGAGCUUGAAGAUCCUCUUCUCAGUCCACCUGUUCCCACCAAAAAGAGGGGCAAGGGUAUUGGUUUGGACGAUCUUCUUAAAGACUUUUUCAAGGAGAAAAAGAAACGGAAUGAAAGGGAGUUUAAACGGGCAAAAUCUCGCAUAUGCUAUAACUCAGACGAGGAUGAGGAAACUGCUCAUUUAUCUGAGCUUGUUAACCAGUGUCAACAGAAAAUGCAAGAAAUUGGCGAUGAACAUGAGAUCCCUUUGUGGGGUCUACAUGUUUUUGGAAAUCAGAAGGCUCCCCCACUGCCCCUAGGUUCCCUUGAGCUUCGCAGUUGCAAACUUUUACAGUCCUUACUGAACAGUGAGCUCAAUUUGGUGCUGGGCCUGACUGCUGAGAAAGGAGAAACCUUUUUUGAGGGAUUAUUGAUUAAUGGCUGGCUCUCAAAACUGGUUUUUAGGUGUGGACAUGUGGAAGAACACCUAGCAGUUUGGACCUUUAAUCUGAUGUUAUAUUCCUCAAAGGAAGAACUGAGAGCAUCUGGAUGUGACUUCUGGUGUGCUAUCCUUCCAUCAAGAGAUGAGGCUGAGCAACCAUCACUUAAAAUAGACUGGUUUCCUAGUUCCGUCAAUCUAAAGCAAGCUCUUGAAAUCUAUGGGUAUCUAUUGGAUUCCUCAUCUGUUGUUUCCUCCCUUCCAGAAGUUGUCCAUGCUGCUUCAGAUUCUGAUUGUCGAGGUCCACCCCAAAAUAUUAGAUGUUGGAUCAAAUUUCUCACUGCCUGUUGUGGUGUGAGAGGUACAUGGUCCAUCUUUUCAACUUCAGAAGCUGAAGAAUUUCUUGGGGUUAUUAUCUCCCUUUUUUUGGACCGUCAACUUCAAGGCCUAUAUUCACUUUUGUCUGAAUGCAUGGUGGCAAUUGUCAGUUACUUCGAAGACCAAGAGUGGAACAUUAGCUGUGCAGAAGUAGCAAAAGCUCUUGCUUCCAGAUUGCCGAAGGACUUGAAUUGCUUGAGAGUCAUGGAAUGCAUCUCAGGAGUUGACACUCGUAUUAAGCAGCUUAAACGUGAAGUUGCCUUUCAAAUUCUCAUUAAUUGUCUUGAUGGAAAGCUUACAGAUGCAGAACAAAUCCUUGCAUGGUUAAUGUCAAUCGAUAUGAGAGAUAAAACCUGUGAUUAUUUCAAGGUGUAUAUUCACUUAGCUCUGGCAGAGAAUUGGCUAUUCUCCAACCCUCUUGUGGAAGAGAAACCGUUAAUUCUUGAAAUGUGGGGUGCUUUUCUUCGGAAUUGUUCCUGCCAAAUUACCAACAGAGAAUUGAGUUCUUAUGCAUCAAAGGUCCGUAAUAAAGCUUCUUAUAUUCUGCAAAGCACCAUCCACUGAAAGGGACUGUGAUUAAGGGAAGUCUAGCAGAAGAUUUAUGAGACCCACAAAAUUAGAGUGACAUAUAUAGUCUCUGAUUUACACAAGAAAGGUUGUCAAGCAGCAGGAGCCUCUAAAAACACUUAUGUGGAAACUUGCUGGUUAUAGCUGCUUCAUGGUUUCAAUAUUAAUUAGUUGGAUCUAUACAAAAUUAAUGUGUCCUGUAAUUAAGUUUGGGCCCCUGGGUGUUUUGCCAUGCAUUGAAAUUUUGAGUUCACCAUCUCCACUAAUUCUGGUAGGGUAAAACCAGAAAUACAACUUGUAACACAAUUACUGUUCCUGUUUGUCUAUAAAAAGUUGAUUUUUCCCCCCU